UUGGAGUAGAUGACAAUCAGGAUUAUAAUAGGCCUGUUAUCAACGAAAAACAUAAAGAUCUAAUAAAAGAUUGGGCUCUCAGUUCUGCUGCAGCAGUAAUGGAAGAAAGAAAACCACUGACUACAUCUGGAUUUCACCACUCAGAGGAAGGCACAUCUUCAUCUGGAAGCAAACGUUGGGUUUCACAGUGGGCUAGUUUGGCUGCCAAUCAUACAAGGCAUGAUCAAGAAGAAAGGAUAAUGGAAUUUUCUGCACCUCUUCCUUUAGAGAAUGAGACAGAGAUCAGUGAGUCUGGCAUGACAGUGAGAAGUACUGGCUCUGCAACUUCCUUGGCUAGCCAGGGAGAGAGAAGGAGACGAACUCUUCCCCAGCUUCCAAAUGAAGAAAAGUCUCUUGAGAACCACAGAGCAAAGGUUGUAACACAGAGGUCAGAGAUAGGAGAAAAACAAGACACAGAACUUCAGGAGAAAGAAACACCUACACAGGUAUACCAGAAAGAUAAACAAGAUGCUGACAGACCCUUGAGUAAAAUGAACAGGGCAGUAAAUGGAGAGACUCUCAAAACUGGUGGAGAUAAUAAAACCCUACUUCACUUAGGCAGCUCUGCUCCUGGAAAGGAGAAAAGUGAAAUUGAUAAGGAAACUUCUUUGGUAAAGCAAACAUUAGCAAAACUUCAACAACAAGAACAAAGGGAGGAGGCUCAGUGGACACCUACUAAAUUGUCUUCCAAAAAUGUUUCAGGUCAGACAGAUAAAUGUAGGGAGGAAACUUUUAAACAAGAAUCACAACCUCCAGAAAAAAAUUCAGGACAUUCUACAAGCAAAGGAGACAGAGUGGCACAAAGUGAGAGCAAGAGAAGAAAAGCUGAGGAAAUUCUGAAAAGUCAGACUCCAAAGGGAGGAGACAAGAAGGAAUCCUCCAAGUCAUUAGUGCGACAAGGGAGCUUCACUAUAGAAAAACCCAGCCCAAACAUACCCAUAGAACUUAUUCCCCGUAUAAAUAAACAGACUUCCUCUACUCCUUCUUCUUUAGCAUUAACAUCUGCAAGUAGAAUACGAGAAAGAAGUGAGUCUUUGGAUCCUGAUUCUAGUACGGACACAACCCUUAUUCUAAAAGACACAGAAGCAGUAAUGGCUUUUCUAGAAGCUAAACUACGUGAAGAUAAUAAAACUGAUGAAGGACCAGAUACUCCCAGUUAUAAGAGAGACAAUUCUAUUUCACCAGAAUCUGAUGUAGAUACAGCUAGUACAAUCAGUCUGGUUACUGGAGAAACUGAAAGAAAGUCAACCCAAAAGCGAAAGAGUUUCACUAGCCUCUAUAAAGAUAGGUGUUCCACAGGUUCUCCUUCCAAAGAUGUUACAAAAUCAUCAUCUUCAGGUGCUAGGGAAAAAAUGGAAAAGAAAACAAAAAGUCGUUCCACAGAUGUGGGUUCAAGAGCAGAUGGUCGUAAAUUUGUUCAGUCCAGUGGGGGAAUAAGACAGCCUUCAGUAGACUUAACACAUGAUGACCAAACCUCUAGUGUACCUCAUUCUGCCAUCUCUGAUAUUAUGUCAUCUGAUCAAGAAACUUACUCUCGUAAACCUCAUGGACGGACUCCACUUACCUCAGCUGAUGAGCAUGUACAUUCCAAACUGGAAGGAAGUAAAGUAACGAAAUCUAAGACUUCUCCGGUGGUAUCUGGUUCAUCUAGUAAAUCAACCACCCUUCCAAGGCCACGACCUACCAGGACUUCCCUCUUGCGCAGAGCACGACGUGGUGAAGCUUCAGGUGAACUUGCCGAUGCUGACAAAGCAUCUGUUGCUUCUGAAGUAUCCACAAGUUCUACAUCAAAAUCUCCCACAGGAAGGCGUAACAUCUCUCGGAUUGAUUUAUUGGCUCAGCCUCGUAGAACACGACUUGGCUCACUGUCAGCUCGUAGUGACUCUGAAGCCACAAUUUCUAGAAGUAGUGCCUCUUCGAGGACCGCAGAAGCCAUCAUUAGAAGUGGAGCCAGACUAGUACCAUCAGAUAAAUUUUCUCCUAGAAUUAGAGCUAACAGUAUCUCUCGACUCUCAGACUCCAAGGUCAAAAGUAUGACCUCAGCUCAUGGCUCUGCUUCAGCCCUGAAAACCACUCGCUUGCAGAGCGCUGGAUCAGCAAUGCCUACUAGUUCUUCAUUCAAACACCGGAUUAAAGAGCAGGAAGACUACAUCUGAGAUUGGACUGCUCAUCGAGAAGAGAUAGCCAGGAUCAGCCAAGAUCUUGCUCUCAUUGCUCGGGAGAUCAACGAUGUAGCAGGAGAGAUAGAUUCAGUGACUUCAUCAGGCACUGCCCCUAGUACCACAGUAAGCACUGCUGCCACUACCCCUGGCUCUGCCAUAGACACUAGAGAAGAGGUAGGAGAUCUUCAUGGAGAAAUGCAUAAGUUGGUUGAUCAUGUUUUUGAUGAAAGCCUCAACUUCCGAAAGAUUCCCCCAUUAGUUCAUUCCAAAACACCAGAAGGAAACAACGGUCGAUCUGGUGAUCCAAGACCUCAAGCAGCAGAGCCUCCCGAUCACUUAACAAUUACAAGGCGGAGAACCUGGAGCAGGGAUGAAGUCAUGGGAGAUAAUCUGCUGCUGUCAUCCGUCUUUCAGUUCUCUAAGAAGAUAAGACAAUCUAUAGAUAAGACAGCUGGAAAGAUCAGAAUAUUAUUUAAAGACAAAGAUCGGAAUUGGGAUGACAUAGAAAGCAAAUUAAGAGCCGAAAGUGAAGUCCCUAUUGUGAAAACCUCGAGCAUGGAGAUUUCUUCUAUCUUACAGGAACUGAAAAGAGUAGAAAAGCAGCUACAAGCAAUCAAUGCUAUGAUUGAUCCUGAUGGAACUUUGGAGGCUCUGAACAACAUGGGAUUUCCCAGUGCUAUGUUGCCAUCUCCACCAAAACAGAAGUCCAGCCCUGUGAAUAACCACCACAGCCCGGGUCAGACACCAACACUUGGCCAACCAGAAGCUAGGGCUCUUCAUCCUGCUGCUGUUUCAGCCACAGCUGAAUUUGAGAAUGCUGAAUCUGAGGCUGAUUUCAGUAUACAUUUCAAUAGAGUCAACCCUGAUGAGGAAGAGGAAGAUGUUACAGUACAUGAAUGACUUUCUCUUGAUUGUUGAAAAAUCAUUACCUGUGGAAUGACUAGGAAUAUUGGAAGCAGCAUAGUGCUGACGUAUGCAAAACAAGACAGCUUGGUCAGCUACAAUCUUGGAAUCCGUGUCUUCUUAAUUUUAUUUAUUUAUUUUUGACGUAUAAUGUAGUAUAUCAAUCCUUUCAAACGAUUUAGAUAACCACUUGAUGCACAAAUAGGAAAAAGCAGAUUGUGGCAGUGUCGCCUUUUGUGGUUUUAUGAUUUUCAAAUUGAAUUUAAUGAUUACACCCUUUCCCUUCAUAGAUCUUUUUUCUUUUUUUUAAGCCAUGCUGUGACCUACAAGCAAACUAAAUAGCCAACAUUUCUGAACCCCUAUGUCUCCUGUGCCAAGCUGCUCCCUGAAAUGGACUUCUUCAUUUGUACAGAUUUGUUAAACCAUUCUAUUUGCUUCUUAAUAAUAGGAUUUAUGUUAGUACUCAUUACCAUUGGACACAAUGACAUAAGUACUCUCCACAGUAAAGCAGACGUUUCACAACAGUCACUCUGUGUCCUAAAAUUUUCCAACAUAGAUGUGAUUUAUAUAACUUUGUUGAUACGUAAAUUGUCUUGGGGUUUACGGAAAUGAACUAUUAUGUUUGCACUAAGAUUUGCUGGGAGUGGUAGGUGGACAUAUCUAUAUAUCAAUAAGGACUAACCGUCUUUUUUGUACAUAGGAGAUUGAUAAUACUUUAUUUGUUUUAACCCCACAGUGUUUUACUCCACUUUCAAAAAGAUCAAUUUGGCACUUUUUUUUCAUUUUUUUAAUGGAAAUAAGAUUUGAUCUCUCAUUUUAGGUUAAAUGAUAACUAGAAAGAUUAAACUAGACAGAUAGUUUAGGUGGAGUGUAUUUUUAAAACUCAGAACAUGUAUAUUGGUCCUGUGUUACCAAGUUUAUAUGUGACAGUUGAAAAAAAAAUUCCCUUGAAAUGAUCAUGAGGUUAAAAUUUUCUUCAUUAGGGGACUUGGAGAACCAGUAGUCAUAAGAUUAGUUGAUAGUUUCACUCCCAAGCAAUGAAUUGCUUCUGUGUGUUUCCCUGUAGGACUCAAUAGUAAAUCCUGUCUGUCUUACACAUUUAUAAGGACCCUGCAAGACGAUGACAAAGGCCUUUGGCCUGUGCUACUAAACAAGAAGCCUAUGAAAAAUUUCUUCUUUAAACUUGUUUUUUCUCUUUCCAAUAAGUUCACAUUUGGAUAAUUUUAAAAAGAAAAGUAAUUACCUUUGUGUUUCCAGAACACUAUAAUUGGGGUGUAUCUUAAUUCAGUUAAAUAUUAUUAGUAGACCUGGAUUUUCCCCCUUGACCCCAUCAGUCUAUAAAGGUUAAACUGCAACUUUUAUGAAAUGGUCUUUAAUAUUUCCACAAUAAUCCUGUGCUAUAUUUGUUUUAAGAAACAAAGUAACUCUAUACACUUCAAGACUUUACAGGAUUUUUUAAAUCCUGUAUUGUUGGAUCAAUUAAUAAAGAUGCAAAAAACUUUAUAGAGAUGUAAAAACAAAACUAUAAUGGAUCUCCUAUUUUUCUUUAAAUUAAAAAAAAAAGGUAAAUGAACUAUUCUCCUUGUAAAGCUAAAUUCCCCAUUCUGUCUAAUAAAGGAAGACUGAAAAAAGGUUUUAAAGAACAUAAAUGGAAAGAUGCAAAUGCUUUGAAGGAAUAAACGAAACGUUAAAACAGGGUCAAUCCAUUUGAAGAAAAAGUUGGACAAAAUAAUCAGCAUUGCUCCCUCUUUUAUUUAAUAUUUGGGUACUGAAUAUAUCCACAUGGAAGUAGAAGGUAAGGAGCUUAGGAAAAUACUAGAAUCUACUCUGCUUACAUUCUUGUUUAAGUGUUUACACAGUUUGGUUCAAUUAUAAACAUUUGGCCUUUUACUAUGUUAUUUUUAUUUUGUAUGAAUACACUAUCCUCCUUAUUUAUUUUUGUUACAUUUAUUACUUAUGUUAUUUUGUUAUGCAUUUACAACUCCAUUUUUAAAUAAAGUGUUUCUGUAACUUUAUACAAUGAUUGUAUAUUUUAUUUCUUUUACCAUCUUGCUUGCUAAUACUUCAUCAACUUAUCAAAUGAUUAUAAACCAUUUCCCAAGGCUUAGCAAAAGAAAGAAUCCUCCAGUUCUAUUAAUAUGUGGUUACUGUGAAAUCUCUUAUUAGUUUGACUAUUUAAAGAAAAAAAUUUUCUUAGCAGAUUCUGAUCAAUAUAAUUCACUUAGCUUCAUGUCCUAAAGUAAU